UCCCACCGUGGGCGUCUUCUGACUGAGUUGGAGAGAGGGGACCCCGGGGUGGUGUCCUGGGAAAGCUUAGAAAGGGGGUCCCUGGAGAGACACCCACCACCUCCUCCAGCGUCCCCGGGGCUGCUGAAUCACCGGCGAGGAGUCUACAAGUGCUUGAAUGAACCCUACACCAGCCUCUGCCCCUGACUGCUGGACGUGACAACAAGGAGCCCCGUGGUUGCCCCGGGCAUGCCCCACCAGCCCUCAGCCUGAGUCGGCGGCCCCUGCCCCUGCCGGCCGCCACCCUGCACUGUCCCGGCUCCCCCAAGGUCCCCACGCUGCAGUGCGGCCAAGACCCCUCCCCGCAGGGGCCACCCCCACAGCCCGCCCCUGGUGCCCGGGGUGGCCCGGCCCGCAGGGCCAUGAAGCUGCAGGCUGUGAUGGAGACCCUCCUUCAGAGGCAGCAGCGCGCGAGGCAGGAACUGGAGGCCCGGCAGCCGCCAGCCCCACCUCCUGAGCCCGCUGGUGUCCGGGCUCGGACCACCGUGACAGAGGAGGACAGGGAGCCCGAGAAUGCCCGGAUGCAUAGGACGCAGAUGGCCGCGCUGGCUGCCAUGCGGGCCGCCGCUGCGGGCUUGGGACACCCGUCCUCUCCCCGGGCCUCCGAGGAUGGGCGCCCCAGCUCGGAGGACGAAGACGCAGCUCGGGAAGGGACAUUGAGUUCACCUGCCCUGCAUGGAAGAGGCCGGGAGGGACCGGGACACACGGAGGGAGAUGGACAUUUGAUGGACAUGGUGUCUGAUGACAACCCGAAGGCCAAGUGGGAAGAACAAGAACUGGAAGAGGAGGAAGAAGAGGAGGAGGAGGAGGAGGAAGAUGACUUCGAGGAAGAGGAGGAAGAGGAAGGCCUGGGCCCCCCAGAUUCUACCAGCCUGGGCUCUGUAGGCCUGUUCCCUCACAAGGCCCCAGCUGCUCAGGCUUUCCGUGGAGAUGGUGGGCCCAGGAUACUUGGGGGCCCUGAGCGCCUGGGACCUGGCCCAGCCCACCCCAGUCACGUGACACCCCAGAUGCCACCCCCGGACCACGGAGACUGGACGUUUGAGGAGCAGUUCAAACAGCUCUAUGAACUGGACGCCGACCCCAAGAGGAAAGAGUUUCUGGAUGACCUCUUCAGCUUCAUGCAGAAGCGGGGCACGCCAGUGAACCGAAUCCCCAUCAUGGCCAAGCAGGUCCUCGACCUGUUCAUGUUGUAUGUGCUGGUGACCGAGAAGGGCGGCCUGGUGGAGGUCAUCAACAAGAAGCUGUGGCGCGAGAUCACCAAGGGGCUGAACCUGCCUACCUCCAUCACCAGUGCUGCCUUCACACUGCGGACACAGUAUAUGAAGUAUCUUUACCCCUACGAGUGUGAGAGGCGAGGCCUUAGCAGCCCCAAUGAGCUCCAGGCUGCUAUAGACAGCAACCGUCGCGAGGGCAGGCGCCAGAGCUUCGGGGGCUCUCUCUUUGCCUACUCGCCCGGCGGAGCCCACAGCAUGCUGUCCUCACCCAAGCUUCCGGUGACUUCUUUGGGCCUCGCCGCCAGCACCAACGGCAGCUCUGUCACCCCAGCGCCCAAGAUCAAGAAAGAGGAAGACUCGGCCAUCCCCAUCACCGUCCCGGGCCGCCUGCCUGUGUCUUUGGCCGGCCACCCUGUUGUAGCCGCCCAGGCAGCUGCCGUGCAGGCAGCGGCAGCGGCGGCACAGGCGGCUGCUCUGGAGCAGCUCCGGGAGAAGCUGGAGUCCACGGAGCCUCCUGAGAAGAAGAUCGCCCUGGUCGCGGAUGAGCAGCAGCGUCUCAUGCAGCGAGCCCUGCAGCAGAACUUCCUGGCCAUGACGGCACAGCUGCCCAUGAACAUCCGGAUCAACAGCCAAGCCACUGAGAGCCGCCAGGACUCGGCCGGGAGUGUCGCCAGUGCCAACGGCAGCAAUAGUAUUAGCAUGUCAGUGGAGAUGAAUGGGAUCCUGUACACAGGGGUGCUGUUUGCCCAGCCACCGCCCCCCGCACCACCCUCCGCCCCCAGCAAAGGUGGCAUCAGCGGCAUUGGUACCAACAACAGUGUGGGGAGCCGGACGGGAGCCAGUGGCGGGACCAGCAGUGGCAGCCAGGUGGGGCUGGCCGGGGUUUCUGCGCCCCCCACAACUUCUACCUCAAAUAACUCCUUGCCUUAAAGGAAAACCAGUCACACUGCUGCCUACCCGCCGCGCCAGCGGGGACCACACAGCCACACGGGGGACCUGGGACGUCCUUAGAAUCCCAGCGGGCUGGGCACAUUCCCGAGGAGCCACACUGACGCCAAAAAGGAGAGGAAAAAAGUAUAUAUAUAUACAUACAUACAUCUAUAGAGAGAGAUAGAUAGAGAAACAGAUCAAUAAAUCAGGGCAAAGCAAAGAACACUUGAAUCUCUCAGGUUUUGGAGACUCCGAGAGGGGCUUUGACAAAGGGCCACCAGGGCAACCUCCAAGUCGAAGGAGGCUGCCUUUCUAGAGGCUUCCGUGGGGCCCAGCUUGAGCAGCCCAGUUCAAGCUCGUCUGUUUACCUCAUGAAUCCCGGCACUCUGUGUUCUCAUUUCUCUCAUUUCUGAUUCUUUUCUCUCUCUUUUUUUAUUUUAUUUUAUUUUUUUUUAAAUUUUUCCCCCCAUUCCUUGGUCCUUAACCAUGGUUCCUUUUGGGAAAACCAACCAAACUGGAGCCAAAAAUCACUGUUUUGUUUUUAUUCUCCUUGGAAGCUAUGAAUUUUUUUUUUUUUUUAAAUAAGAUCUCAACAUUCAGAUGCAAUUUUUUUUUUAAGGAUUUGAGGUUUCUGAUUUUGUAAAUAUUCUAUUUUAUUCUUGAGGGUGGGGAUUUUAGGAAGAGCCUAUCUGUAUAUCUAUAUAUUUGUGUUCAUUCAGGGAAACAAACUUAAAACAAAAAAAAGAAAGCAAAAGAAGUAGUGAAAUACCAGCCACGGUCCCCACCCCUGUUGUGCCAGGGCUUCUGCGGUGCCCUGCAGGGCCCCUGACUCAGCCAGCCCGUGCUGGCUCUCAGCAGUUUCCACAGUUCUCCAUCAGGCUGGGCCCGGCCCACUCGCUCCGCCUUUCAGGGACCUGGAUUGCUUACCCAGGACACAGAUAGAAAUGGGUAGGGAGCAGCAUUUGGAGUACGGUGGCCUGGUGUGUCUCAGGGACGAAGGUGCUGGAUUCUCUUUGCCUAGAGAGGCUCUUUCUGAAGAGACCAGCCGGGUGCACCAGGCCUAGCUCAGGGCAGGGAUUUAGGCGAGUUAUGCCCAGUGCCUGCUGUGUUCCCAUCUCUCUUCCUGUGUUUGUCAAUCCCCUUGCUGGGACAGCACCUGAAUGUGACAGUAAUCAACCAGAGGCUCAGGAAGGACCCUGGUCCUUGGUCUGGUGUUUCCAUCCCAUGGUCCAGCCAAACUGGGCAUGGUGCCUGUCAUCUCAUCUCUUAGGUUGAGGCAGGAGGAUCAGGGGUUAAAGGUCAUCCUUGGCUACAUACAGAGGUUGAGGCCAGCCUGGGCUACUUGAGACCCUGUCUCAAAGAAGCAAAAUAAGACAAGGCUGGGGUGGUGGCACACACCUUUAAUCCCAGGAUUCUGUGAGUAGACCAGCCUGGUCUAUAUAGCAAAUUCCAAGACUCCCAGGGCUACACAGAGGCCCUGGAGGGGGUGGGGGGGAGGAAGAGAGAGAGAGAGAGAGAGAGAGAACUUGCAUUUCAUUUUGGCUGGAGCCAGGAAAACAGAAAUCCCUUAAUCUUCUGCUGGACGGAGGGACCAGUCCUGGACUCUGCCUUGGUCAGAGGCAGCGCUAGGCUUUCUUGGGCUAGGACUGGUGUGCAUGCUGGGAGUUGGGCCCCAGUGCUGAGCCCCUCUUUCCCGCCCUGCCCCCCUUCUCAGUCUAGGCUAUGGGACUCAGACCCUCUUUCGUCCUGUCUCAGGGUUGUCAUCGUGCCCCUUCCUAUCCUUCCAGGAGGAGGGUAUCACCCCACUUGGAGGGGAGGGGCAUCUCCAGUUUUCCUUCUGGAAGCUUCUGCCUGCCCCAUUUUGGGGCCACUGUCUUAGCCGCACAAUCAUUCCUGGCACGGGUUUUGAGGGGUUCUUGUCCCCUUAUAAGUCUGUCCAAAGUUGACCUCCGUGGGUAAGUGGCUCAGGGAGACAGAGGCCUCUGUCCCUGGGGAGUCUCUGAGGAGGUCAGCGUGGUGGGCACAUCCAAGGAACAUUUCUUUCUACCUCAGGUCUUUCGAUGCCAAAAAAGCAAAAAGCAAAAAAAAAACAAAAAAAACAAAAAACAAAAAAAACCAAAACAAAAAAAAACAAAAAACCCAACAACCCCCAGGCCACCCACUUCUCUGGUCACCUGCUCAAUCCCACAGUGGGAACUUGGUGUCCUGGUGGCCACUAGUAUCUGGGCUCUGUGAGUGGCCACAAAGCAGAGGGUCCUGACUCGGGGGCCUGGCCCACCACAGCUCUGUGAUUGUACGGGGGGGGGUGUCCUGUGCUGGACACACUCCGCAGCCCUCCACGGUCCUCUCUGCACCCCAGCUGCCCCAGCCAGCCCUUGGCAUUGGGCUCAGUUGGCACUCAUUAUGCAGAUGGGACUGGGGACAGGGCUGGACUCUGUCUCUGUCCACCUGGCACCUCAGGGCUUGCAUGGGCCAGGCAAGACCCCCCAGACUCAGGGCAAAGAGGGUGGAAGGGCAGGCACAGACUGCUUCUAGAACCUUCCUGGCAGCCCUUCUGCCGGCUGCCAGGCUGUGUGUCUGUCUGUCUGUCCAUCUGGCUGCAGUGGGUGGGGUUGGGACCUGGGGGACAGCUAGGUUAGUGUUUUCUGAGUUAUACAUCCGUAUAGUCUGUGGGUUUUUUGUGUGUGUGCCUUUUUUAGCAUUUUUAUACACUUCAUUUUUUUUUCCACCCCCACAUAAUUUUGGCUUUUGUGGAUUUAAUUUUUCCCUCUGGGUAAAUGUGAGCCGAGCUGUUUUAUUAGGAACGUGAACUUUUCAGUUUCUUGGGGCGGGAGGGGCUUGUUGGACAGUGUGGUGGUUGCACACAAACUCAGGUAAAAUUUAAAAAAAAAAAAAGAAAAUAAGUGGAUUUUAAAAGAUUUUUUUUUAAUUUAAAAAAGUUAAAAAAAAAAAAAGAAAAGAAAAACUGUUUUCUACCUCUGGUCAGGCCUCAUGGUCAGUUCCGACCAGGCUGUGGCCUGCGGCCUGCGAUGGUCACAGCUGGACGGAAUAUUCAGGAAAAGUCAGCAGACAACAGGGAGGCAUGCGUGUGGGGGGGGUGGUUUUUGAAAUUGAAAAAAAAAAAAAAAGCACUGAAAGUUUACAUUUUAUGACCUUAUUGUGGAUUGUAUUUAAACCUCAGAAAUAUUUAACACGAUUGUAACCCUGUAAAUCUGCAAGAUUAAAGAGUUGAGACACUUCUGUGAAAGAACA